CACUUAGCCUUGACUAACGCUGUCGACCAAUUUCAACGAGCAGACGGAGGAAACCAAUUGAAUGUGUUAUCUGGACUGCGUAGUGACAUGGCAUUGAAUUUCCGUAUGGAUUCGGUGGAGCUUUUGAAUCAGAUAGGAGUGUUAGCAUUCAUUAAUGGUGGAGAGGAGGGAAAAGCUCUUUACAAUGCAUUUGUAACUGGUAGAGUUUGCUAUGAAGUUUACAAAAGACUUUCUGUUUCCCAAGCUGAUGUCCUUAGGGCAGAGACUGUAAUGCGAAUCAGUCAGUAUGUGAAGAGUCACCCACAAGCAAGCCAAGCACAAUUAAAAGCUGAAGUGGAAAAGGAAAUAAAGAUAUUUGCACAGAAGGUUGCUCAACUUGAGGGAAUGUAAUGGUUGAAUGGGUCAGAUUCAUUAUGCAAAUGUAAUUAUUAGUUGUUAACAAAUCCCUUCAACUGGCUGUAAAUGGUGUAUUUGUACAAUUUGCGUUUGUAUUUAAAAUUUGCUAUCACUUCUAAAGAAAGUUUUUAAAUACUUUGUCUCUAGUUCUUGAAAACAAUUUCAAAUAGAUUUAAUACUUUAUCAAUAGUUGGUUUAUGCAAAUGAUGCAAAUUUGUAUUGGAAUUGAGUGUAUUGGAAUUGAAAACUUAUAGGGUUGAUAAAAAUUUGAUGAUUUGUUAUUUCAGAAAAUUUAGCAUCAACUGUCAAGAUGGCCUAAUUUAAAUCAUCAGCUAUGGAAGGUACUCUCCCUCUGAGACCUUCCUUAUGCAUCUCUGACAUACUCCUAAGAUUUUAAAGCUAAUUUGGUUAGUAUUGAAAACUACCAGUCAAUGUUAAAUCCAAACAAUCACUCCAGGGUGAUGUGCCUUAUGCUCAUUGCCAAGCUGUUUGGAGGUGUAUAUAGAAUUUUAAAGCUAAUUUGGUUAUUACUGAUAACCACCAGUAAAUGUUCAGUCCAAACAACCUUCUCAAAUGGAUGUGUCUAAUGCCUAUUACUUAGCUGUUUGGAGGUGUAUGUAAAAAAUUUUAAGAAUAAUUUAAGUACAGAGCUUUACCUGAGGUGAAAGGGUUACUGUAAUGGCUGUAGCGGGUUUCUUAGUUAAUUGUUUACUUGUCACUUGUUAAAGUAAUAAAUUGGUCACCCAUGUUAUGUUA